UCUUUCCAUCAAAAUGACAUAUUUUCAGAGACAAAACUUUAGUGCUGUAAAACUCCCUUGACGCUGGAUGUUUGUAAACAAACGCACGUGGCUCAAAUCCUUUUGCGCAUCUUACUGCGCACAAAUGUGACGUCAUGUCAUGUGCUUUCCGGUUCAGCUGACUGGCUGAAGUGAAUCACGGUGAAUAUUACAAAACCGCUAUCGCUUUUUGACCAAGAGUUGACCGAUGAAUAGGUCAUGUGCUCCAUUUAACGUCAACACAAUGGAGGAUGACAAGGACCCAAUCUUGUCCAACUCGACGGGUAAUGUCAGCUAUGGAGCUUCUGCAAAUGAAACGACUUCCGAAACGUCUGACAGCGUUGUUGAAGUUGCCGAAAAUAUUGAGACUGCGCCACAGUUAAGAUCCCCGUUUUACUGGUCCCUGUCGCGAAGUUUGAGUAAUGCCGGUGCCGCCUAUGUCCAAAGUGGAUCAACGAGGGAGAGGAGGGCGGCGGGCAAUGCCAGACGAACACUGGGGACAUUUGCUGGGGUGUUUUGUCCAAUCGCCUUGUCCAUGUUCAGUACACUGCUGUUUUUGAGAGGAGGUUUUGUGGUUGGUCAAGCGGGCAUCCUUGAGACAGUCGCCCAACUGAUCCUGGCCUACAUGAUCCUGGUGCUGACCGUACUGUCCAUAUGUGCUAUCUCAACCAAUGGUGCAGUGGAAGGGGGUGGAGCUUACUACAUGAUAAGUCGUGCCCUUGGACCCGAGUUUGGCGGUAGUAUUGGAUUCCUGUUUUUCGUAGCUAAUGUGAUGGCAUGUGCUCUCUACAUCAGUGGUUUUGUGGAAGGAAUACUCCAGAACUUUGGCCCAGGAGGGUCUCUGAUAGGGAAGGAUGGUACUGGGCUGCCGGAUGAUAACGACUGGUGGAAGUACCUAUAUGCCACCAUCGUCUCCAUCGUCUGUCUCCUCGUCUGCCUCGUUGGUGGUGCCAUGUUUGCCAGGACUUCGGCUUUCAUCCUGAUGAUUGUGGUGAUAUGCCUACUGUCAGUCAUCAUCAGCAUCUUCGCCAUCAACCACAACAUCGACGUCCGCAUCCCUUUUACCAAUAAAGUGGUGUACACCAACAUGUCGGAGGACCAGGCCAACAUCACAGGAAAGUACACAGGCCUGAAUGCAGCAACAUUCAGGGAAAACCUCUUUGCCAACUACACUGUUGAUUACAACACAGGAGAUACCAUGCAGUUUGCCACUGUGUUUGCCAUCCUCUUCAGCAGCGUCACAGGCAUCCUGAAUGGGGCCAACAUGUCGGGUGAGCUGAAGGACCCCAGUAAAUCCAUCCCGAAGGGGACUCUGUCCGCUGUGGGCUUCACCUUCUUUGCAUACCUAUUCCUCUCCAUCCUCAUCGGCGGAUCCUGCUCCAGGUUCCUUCUGAAAAAUGACUAUGUGUUCCUGCAACAAGUCAACGGAUGGCCUCCGUUCGUGGUGAUUGGUAUUUUUGCUGCCACUCUGUCUGCAGCUCUAGGAAACCUUAUAGGUGCUUCUCGUAUAUUGGAGGCUCUUGGCGUGGAUCAGCUGUUUUGGAUUUUCCUGAAACCAGCAACAAUCACCACAAGGGGAGGUAACCCUAUCAUGGCAGUCGUCAUUACAUGGGUUUUAGUGCAGUGCAUCCUGUUGAUCGGCUCCUUGAACGCUAUCGCCCCGGUAACUUCAGUGUUCUUCUUGUUGUCGUACGCUGCUACCAAUCUUGCCUGUCUGGCUCUUGAACUGGCGUCUGCCCCCAACUUCAGACCUACGUUCCGCUACUUCACGUGGUACACGUGUGGCCUGGGCCUGGUGGGCUGCAUGGUGAUGUGUUUCCUCAUCAGCCCCAUCUACACAUCCAUCGCUCUGGUCAUCAUGCUGUUGCUGGUCAUCCUGCUGCACUUCCGCUCUCUGCCCACGUCGUGGGGCUCCAUCAGCCAGGCUCUCAUCUUCCACCAAGUCCGCAAGUACCUCCUCAUGCUGGAUUCGCGCAAGUCCCAUGUCAAGUACUGGAGACCGCAGAUUCUACUCAUGGUGGCCAAUCCAAGACAAUGCUGUGAACUCAUGGACUUCAUCAACGACAUUAAGAAGAGUGGGCUGUAUGUCAUCGGUCAUGUAAAAGUUGGCCGACUCGAAGAUUACCCCAUGGACCCCAUCCUUGACACACAGCCUCACUGGCUCAGUCUCAUUGAUCAUCUCAAGAUUAAGGCAUUUGCAGAGCUCACCCUUGCAAACAGUGUUAGAGAAGGACUGCAGCAUCUUAUCCGAGUAUCUGGACUUGGUGGAAUGAAACCUAACACAGUGUGUCUCGGCUUCUAUGAUUCUUCUGAACCCCAAGAUACAUUACUAAAAACAAAAGUUCGUCGGAGAAGAUUCUUCGGAAAUGUGGAAGUUGAAAGUUUUUCUCAGAUUGAGGGAUACUUUGGUGGACCUCGCGACGGGACAAGUCCAAAAAAUAUAUUAUCGGAGACAGAGUACGUCAACAUGAUUAAAGAUUGCCUCAAACUGGGAAAGAACCUCUGUCUUUGCCGCCAUUUUAACCUGCUGAAUAAAACAGAAGUCCUUCAGUCUGACCUGGACUCCUAUAUUGAUGUGUGGCCUGUGAAUCUGUUCCGUCCCGAGACCGCGAGCUACUUCGACAACACCUGCCUCUUCCUCCUUCAGCUGGCCUGCAUUCUUAACAUGGUGCCCCGUUGGAAAUCUAAAACCACUCUACGGGUGUUCCUCAUGGUGAAUGCGUAAACGGAUAACACGAUUCAGAAGGAACAAAAACUGGACAUGUUCUUGCGUCAGCUUCGGAUCAUUGCCAAGAUUCAGGUGAUAUCCUGGGACCAUCUCCAGCCAUACAUGCGAAGCCCGUACAUAGAAAUGGACUAUGACGGAUUGCACAUGCAGGAUUAUUAUGAAGCACCAGAUGAUUUUGUGAAAGCAAUGAAUGAACUUAUAAUUGCCAAUUCCAGUCGAACAGCUGCCAGUUUUCUGUAUCUACCCAAACCACCAACGGAUUCAGCUCUGUAUGGGAAGUAUUUAUACCAUCUGGACAUGCUGACUGCCAAUUUGAAACCAACAAUUAUGGUCCAAGGUCUACAUCCUGUUACAUCUACUACGCUAUGAUCAGUAUGAUGUUUGUUAUUGAGAUGUUUACAAUGUCUGAUAACAUUAUUACUAGUUCAUCUGACGUUAUGAUGAUAUGUUCAUUUUGUGGGUCAUUAUAGUUGGUUUGUGUCCAUCCAUGACUA